AAUGCCGCGGAGUGUCGAAAGCACAGAACAUAUACGUCGAAAGCGAAGUGAUGUGUCGGGCGUUCGUAUCAACAUCCGUGUCGGAUACGAUGCAUGGUGCAAAGUCGUGUCCAGUCAUCUUUUCCAUUGCGUCGUAUCUCGAGUUUCUGACACGCGUGAGUAUGAAUGCCGAAAACGUAGGAUCGCCUGUUUGUACAAAGUGUACGUGAAUCAAGACGAAUUGUCGUGAGGAGGAUCUUGGAUCUCGAAUGUUCGAGAGCUGCGGUCGAGACGGAGCUGGACGGAGCGACCAGCAGCGAACGGUAAAUUUUGUCUUGACGCAAUUCACAGCCCUCAUGUUAGCCGCAUUAUUAAGAUCAUCUCUGAACCCUAUUGCUACUACUCCAGCUGCCAGACAUGUUUAUGGCCUUACUAUUGGCCUUGCUCUUGGAUAUUUUUGCUUUGGCAGGCAAGCGAUUCAUCUCGCUAUUCUUCCGGCGUUAUGUUACGUAGCGAUGCGCACACAAAAUCCCCGCAAUAUGCAGAGGAUCGUCCUCGCAAUUGCGUUAAUUUAUUUAUCGUGCAUUCACUUUCACCGGCAGAUCUACGAUUAUGGCUCGUAUACGCUCGACAUCACUGGUCCUCUUAUGGUUAUAACGCAGAAAGUAACUAGUCUAGCGUUCAGCAUUCAUGACGGGCUAACGCGACGUGAAGAAGAACUGACACCGAUGCAACGUCAUCAGGCAGUACAGAAGAUGCCAACUACUUUGGAAUACUUCAGCUACAUCUUUCACUUUCAAGCUCUAAUGGCUGGUCCGGUAAUAUUCUAUCGCGAUUACAUCGAUUUUAUACAUGGACAUCAUUUACCUGGCGCCAAAUCUUUAGCUGGCUUCUAUGACAAAAAUAGCCAAGAGAAGGAAAUUGUUCUGGAGCCGUCGCCGACUCUGAUCGUCGUGAAGAAAGUCGCAGCGAGUUUAGCAUGCGCUAUUAUAUUCAUCACAUUUAUCCCGAUCUUCCCAAUACAACGUGUAAAAGAGGACGAAUUCCUGGAGAACACAAGUAUCCUUUACAAAGUAUGGUACUUAAUGCUGACAACUAUGCUCGCGCGCUUUAAAUAUUAUCACGCGUGGUUGUUCGCUGAUGCCAUAUGUAACAAUUCUGGUUUUGGAUUCAACGGUUACGAUAAACGAGGCAAUGCGCGCUGGGAUUUAGCCUCGAACGUCGAUGUUUACAAGUUUGAGACAUCGCUUAAUCUUAGGGACAGCAUUGAUAGCUGGAAUAAGGGCACAAAUUUAUGGCUGCGGUCAGUUAUGUACGAACGAGCUGGUCCUAACAAAGUGAUGUACACGUACGCUUUGUCUGCUCUAUGGCACGGUUUUUAUCCCGGCUAUUACCUCACAUUUGCGAGCGGAGCGUUCUUCACUGUAGCAGCGCGAUCGGUUCGUCGCCAUAUCCGACCGCUGUUCCUGGAAUCUCGACGAAAGAAGACUUUUUACGAUGUCUUAACAUUCAUCACGACGAGAAUCCUAAUGGCCUAUAUGACGUUCAGCUUUGUAUUAUUAGAAUUUGUACCAAGCAUCAAAGUGUACCUGUACUUGUACCUGGUCCCGCACUUAUUGGGUUUAAUCGCGAUAUUACUUCCACCCCGUCUGGGGCUAUUGCGAAAGACGCACAAGCAGUCGGCCGCUAAGAUCGAAACUGAUCUCUCCGAAGCAGUUAGCAACGGAAACGCACACAAAACAAUGUAGUCUUCUGGUCACAACGUUAGGAAAGACAGAUAUUUUUUAUGGAUGUUUUUAUUAUACAUAUAUGUAUAUGUAUACAUGUAUACGUAUAUAUAUAUAUAUAUAUAUAUAUAUAUAUAUAUAUGUGUGUGUGUAAAUGUAUCUAUAUACAAUAUUUCUUGUUACGAUGCAUUACAGAUGUGAAAGUCUAUCGAUAAUGUACUGUAUGCACUUUACAUUGUGUAAAACAUUAUCGAAACUGAUGUAUCGUUUUUAUAUAUAUAAUAAUAUAGAUAAGAAAAAUUUUAUAAUUCGCCUAAAUACAUGGUUGUUUUAUCUAUCUCUA